AUGGCCUUCCAAAAAACGGUUGUCUGCGCUGCAUCUGAAGCCGGCAUGGUCCCACGAUUUGAGGUUUGUAAAGCUUUACAAUUUUAUUAUUGUACUUAUGGUACCGCAUUUGUAGAUAAACCUCCAUUUGAAAGAAUUGGCUUCCGGGGUUUUGCGCGUAACUCGACGUGGUUCAACAGAUUGCUGGAAUCAAUCUAUGCACAUAAGAAGGAUUUCCAAGAUCAGAACGCAUACAUUCAUUGGGAAGAUUUUUACCCAUUGCGGGCAUUUGGCGCGUGUCAUAACCUUCCUACGACGGUAGUCCACGUUUCACCUAGAACUCAGUUCAAAGCACUAUUUAACGCGGUUUUAUGCGAGUCCUUGCGCUGGCAAGCUUGCUUCCCCUUGUUCAUAAGUCAACGGCAGCCAUUGAACGACAAGAGUGAAACCGAUCCAGGGAUCUUGAGCGAAAGCCUCGACCCUGUGUAUUAA